AAGAGUCCUCUCGGCUCGGCAGACUAGAAGAGACUAGAGAGAGACUAUUCACGGGGCAGUCCUUCUCACUGUCUGGCAGCUCGCAAAGAUAAAGAACUAAUCGCGCCAGACCUUCUUCGCAAGAUGGAGAGGAAGCGAGGUAGCGGUGUGGCACACUGAAUGUAUAUGUAGAGCGAAGCUCCUUCCUGUUGCAAAGUUCCACCGUCUGUCCCUCUUGAAGCUUGCUCCUCUUCGCUUCUCCUCGGCCCUCUAGAGACAUACCCACCAUGCCCUUUACUUCGAUGAUGAAGCAACGCAAGCCCUUCUCCCUGGUCGUGGCUGGUGCUCCUGACCCAAGCGUGGUGAGCCGCAAGGAUGCCUAUCUGAUCAAUCAUGAUCUGCGUCCGGUUCCACCCUCUGAGCGUACCUGGUCUUCCAAGAACUACAUCCUCUUCUGGGCAGCCGACUCGGUCAAUUUGAGCUCCAUGAUGAUUGCCUCGACGGGUGUGGCGGCAGGGAUGACAUGGUGGCAGACUUUCCUGGCCGUCAUGCUCGGCUACUCUCUCACGGCCAUCUUCGUCGUCCUGUCUGCACGAGUGGGAGCCUCCUGCCAUACUGGUUUCCCCGUCUUGGCUAGACCAGCCUUUGGACUCUAUGGUGCUGUUUGGCCAGUACUCAAUCGAGUGGUAGUGGCUAUCCUCUGGUUUGCCUUUCAGACUUGGGUGGGAGGAGAGUGUGUCACGCUUCUCCUCUCUUCUCUUGCACCUCGAUACGUCGAAAACACAGCUGGCCAAUUGUCAGGUCUGACUCGCACGCAGUUCACCUCCUUUAUCGUCUACUGGAUCAUUCAGUUUCCCAUCACCUUUGUCUCGCCUCAAAAGAUCAAGCACCUCUUUACCGUCAAGGCCAUCACUGCACCCAUUGCCGUCUUUGGUCUACUGGGCUGGGCUGUAUCUCGCGGAGGCGGAGGAAACAUCAUUCAUGCUUCUGGCACCCUAACGGGUAGCAACCUAGGCUGGCAAUUCGUUAUUACAACGAUGAGCCAGAUGGCCAACAUGAUCACUCUUGCACUCAAUGCAGCCGAUUAUGCUCGUCUCUCCACAUCUCGUGCGGCAGUCACCUUACCACAGCUCAUCACCAUCCCCGUACUAUUCAGCGUCAUCUCCCUCGUAGGAAUCUUCAUUAGCUCCUCGGCUAGUGUUCUCAUUGGUGGGGACCCAGUGUGGAACCCACUGGAUAUCAUGACGUACUUCCUUAGCGAGGACCCAUAUAGUCCUGGAGCUAGGGCGGGAGUCUUCUUCAUCUCCCUUGCCUUUAUCAUUGCUCAGCUCGGCACGAACAUCGCUGCCAACUCGGUUGCAGUUGGCUCGGACCUAACCUCUCUCAUGCCCCGGUAUAUCUCCAUUGUCCGAGGUCAGGUUCUUUGUGCCCUAAUCUCCCUGGUCAUCUGUCCCUGGAACUUUACCUCUUCCUCUUCCUCCUUCAGCAACUACCUCUCUGCCUAUUCGGUUCUCCUAGCUCCCAUUCUAGGUGUAGUCCUAACAGACGCCUACAUCCUUCGUCGAGGAUGGAUUCACGUCCCCUCCCUCUUCUCCUGGGAAAGCACCACGAGGGGACCUGCUGGAGAGUUGACCAAGAGUGGGAAAACACCUAGGGGAAUGUACACAUUCAAUGCUGUUGGAGUCAACUACCGAGCCUACUGUGGCUACUUAGCAGGAUGCGCCGUCAAUCUCCCAGGGUUUGUAGCUGCCGUCUCCUCCACGAGCACAGCAGCCACGAUCCCCAUUGGCCUGGUGCGAGUAUACGAUCUAGCCUUCUUCAGCGGCUCCAUCUCAGCGGGGAUCGUCUACUUGCUCAUCAACACUCUGCAUCCGGUGGAAGGUGGUGUGCCAGUUUGGAUCAAAGGAUGGAAGGGAGUCAAGAGAAGUGAAGAGACCGACUUUGAUGGAUUGCCAUUCGAGGCACACUACGCUCCUGAUGGAACGGCCUAUGAUCAACAACCAGACUUUGUACCUCAGCACGAGGGUCAGCAUGGACUUGCACCCACUAGUGCUAGUUUGGCUGGAAGUGAAGAUGAGGAAAAGAAUAGUGCUAGAGGGGAGAAGGGAGUGGUGGAAAGUGUCGCGUACUAAGAGAGACCUUCCACUGAAACUUCCACUGCCACUUCCACUGCCACUGUCACUGUCACUGUCACUGCUCUUCCCUUCGCUUCCUGCUCUUUUUGAUUCCUAGACUAGCGUCCGUCCCCCUGUAUACCUAUUCUUCACCUCUCCACCUCUUUCCUCUUGCAAUAUGCCCAUGUCCUGCUUCCCUCGUCCUCAUUAUCGAUUUCGCUUCCCAUCGUAUAGAUCUAGAGUUCUUUCCUUCUAAGCUCCUUAAUUUUAUCCUACGGUGUCCGUCGACUUGUCAUG